AUGGCAAAUCAGAAGAACGUGCUUUUAUUGAUCGCGGAUGAUCUCGGAAAACAGCUCAGCUGCUACGGAGACAAUACCAUCCAAACGCCAAACCUUGACCGGCUUGCAGAGCAGGGAACCAGAUUUGACUACGCGUUUGCGAGUACGGCAUCCUGCAGCGGUAGCCGCUCUGUCAUUUACACUGGUCUUCACACUCAUCAGAAUGGGCAAUAUGGACUAGCGAGCCACCGUCAUCACUUCGUGACCUUCGACCAUGUGAAAAGUCUACCUCAUCUAUUGAAUGAGGCCGGCCUUUGGACGGGAAUCUUGGGCAAGAUUCAUGUGGGCCCAUCUGCUGUUUAUCCGUGGCAACUGCGCAAGGAGAGCGACACCCGCGAUGUUGCUGUUAUUGCCGACCAAGCCAGAUCUUUUUUUGAGGAAGCAAAAGCCAGCAACAAACCAUUUGCGUUGACCAUUGGGUAUCAUGAUCCUCAUCGCGACCGAACUCGAGGUGGUUUCGGGAACACUGAUGACUAUGAUCCUCGCAUCACCAAGAUUCAUCUUGAACCCGAAGACGUUCCGAUUCCCUCUUUUGUCAAUGAUACACCCGGUACUCGUUCUGAACUAGUCGAAUACUACAAAUCAAUCCAUCGUGUUGACCAAGGUGUCGGAUUUGUGCUUGAUGCUCUGAGGGAGACCGGCCUAGAGGAUUCCACCCUCGUCAUCUUCAUCAGCGAUAAUGGCCCGCCUUUCAUCAACUCCAAAACAACGCUCUAUGAUGCAGGUGUUAGACUCCCGUUGAUAAUUAGGCAACCAAGCACACCUCCAGCCGUUAGCUCAAACAUGAUCUCCUAUGUUGAUAUCCUUCCUACCAUUCUUGACUUCGUCGGUCAUCCCGAGGUCACAGAUCCAGAGAAAAAGCGAUUGGGCCGAUCCCUGCUACCGAUACUUGGAAAUUCCAACAGCUUACCCGAUUUCGACCAGACGUUUGGAUCGCACACUUUCCAUGAAGUGACGAAUUACUGGCCAACAAGGUUCAUCCGCGAUCGCCGGUAUAAAUACCACCGGAAUCUGGCCUGGCGAUUAGAUUUUCCCUUUGCCGCCGAUCUCUAUGGGUCAUUGUCUUGGGAGGAUAUCCGCAAUUCAACCGACACAGAUAUCCUGGUUGGCGGACGGAAGCUAAGAGACUACUUCUUCCGCCCUCCGGAAGAACUAUACGAUCUGGAGGAGGACCCAAGAGAGGUUCACAAUCUGGCAAAGGAUCCAGCGUAUGCCGCUGUACUUGAUGACCUCAGGUUGCGAUUGGAAAAGUGGCAACGCCAAACCGAGGACCCGUGGCUGUACAAGGAUGGCGUGUCUGUGUGGUUUGUCCGUUACCAUCUUCCAGCCGGUUUGAGAAUCCCCGACCGUUUAGAUUUUGAUGCCGAGAAUCCGGGAAAUAAAGACGGACCAGUAGUCCCACAUAAUCUUUCAUGGGGAAGCGAAGCUACCAACUAG